UAAACGCACUAAAGAAAGAAAGAGCGCGCGUGUGAUGUGUUUGUGUAUCCUCAGUGUUUUUCUCUCUUGCGUGUUUCACUGAGUGUAAACAGAGUUUUGUCUCUGUGUAUUUAAGUGUUGAGACGACGUUGAUGUUGAGAUGCGCUGUGCUGUAAAUGAGUAGGAACUGAUCUGUCCGUGCUGGAUAUAUUGAUGAUUUCAUUACAGAAAUCUCUCAGCUGAAGAAAGAGGUGGCGUUACUGGAUACAAAGCUGAUAUCAAGUGGAGAUUUAGCAAUGAAACGAGAGGAUGUGGAUUGUUGUGAAUCUUCAGUGUAUGUGACUGAUGAUGGGAGUCUGGAUUCAGUGUGGAUGAGCAGAGAUCAGAGCCGCACACCACAGACACUGCUGGACUCUAAACUCUCUGAAGAGAAAUCCAGACACACACAGGACUCCGAUCUCAGUCUGACUUUACUCUGUUAUACUGAGUCAAAGCUCACAGACACUCAGGACACUACAGUGUGUGACAGUAAACAGAGCUUACAGGAGGAUCAAACCUCAACAGAGUCUCUGGAUUCUGUCUGUAACGCUGGAGAACAGCAGCAGACCAAACUGAAGAUGUGUUCAGUUAAAAUCAUUGACUGCACGAACCUCAUGAUGAAGAUUAAAACUGAACCCACAGAAAUCAAAACUGAACCCACAGAAAUCAAAACUGAACCCACAGAAAUCAAAACUGAACCCACAGAAAUCAAAACUGAACUCACAGAAAUCAAAACUGAACUCACAGAAAUCAAAACUGAACUCACAGAAAUCAAAACUGAACCCACAGAAGAGGAAGAUCGCACUGAUUAUGAAGAUGAUGACUUUAUUUCAUCAGAUGUGAAGAGCGAUUCAUGUUUGGAUAUAGAAAUAACGUCCUCAACAUCAAAAGAGCGACUGACAGCACAAACUCUUUCCUGCAUCACCUGUGGAAAGACAUUCAGCUCACAGAGACAUUUAGAGAGACAUGAGAGAAAACACACAGAACAGAAACUCUUCACCAGAUCUGAGAUCAGCUUUACUACCUUACAAGAGAAGAAACUUCAUUCAGAAGACCACAGAGAGAAGAAGAAGAAGAAGCAGUUUCACUGUGAGCAGUGUGGGAAGAUUUGUCUCUCUUCCUCUGAUCUAAAUGUUCACAUGAGGACACACACUGGUGAAAAGCCUUUCAACUGCACUGAAUGUGGAAAAUACUUCACAACCAAACAAUAUCUUAAAGUUCAUCAGAGAGUUCACACAGGAGAAAAACCUUACGAGUGUCCUCACUGUGAGAAGAGAUUUAGGUAUAAAUAUAAUCUGAAGAGACAUGUGCGUUCACACACCAAUGAGAGACCGUAUCAGUGCAGUGAAUGUGACAAAACCUUUAGGGAUUUACGUUCAUUAAAAUCACACCAGAAUACUCACAUUCAAGAGAAACUCUAUCAGUGUUCACACUGUGAUGAAUGUUACGGUCAUAAAUAUCAGCUGAUAACCCAUCAGAGAAUUCACACUGGAGAGAAACCUUACGUAUGUGCUCACUGUGGAAAGAGCUUCACUAAUUCAUCUAAAUUCAGAGUCCAUCAGAGAGUUCAUACUGGAGAGAAACCUUACGCCUGCGUUCAUUGUGGAAAGAGAUUCACUAGUUCAUCUAAUGUAAGAGUUCAUGAGAGAGUUCAUACUGGAGAGAAACCUUAUCACUGUAGUGUCUGUGGGAAGAGUUUUAGUGUAAAGCAUACAUUAUUAAAGCACAAGAGAAUUCAUACAGGUGAAAAACCUUUCAAAUGCUCUCAGUGUGACAAGACGUUUGCUUGUUCAAGUAGCUUAAUAAACCACAAAAGAGUUCAUACUGGAGAGAAACCUCAUUACUGUAGUGUCUGUGGAAAGAGUUUUAGUCAACAGUCACCCUUAAUAAGGCACCAGAGAAUUCAUACAGGUGAAAAACCUUUCAAAUGCUCUCAGUGUGACAAGACGUUUGCUCAGUCAGAUCACUUAAAAUCUCAUCAGAGAGUUCAUACUGGAGAGAAACCUUAAAGGAACAGUAUGUAAGAAAUUUAUAUCAAUUAAUCAUAAAACAGCCCUGAUAUGUCACUAGACAUUAAUAAUUAAUUUUCAUUUCAAAUAUUUACAGUGGAUAUAAAAAGUCUACACACCCCUGUUAAAAUUGCAGGUUUUUGUGAUUUAAAAAAUGAAAACAAGAUGAAUCAUUUUGGAACCUGUUCCAACUUAAUUCCGUACUUCCAACCUAUAUAUUAAAGCUAAUAACAAUAAGAAAACUUUGGUGGUGAAAAAAUGGCAAGUAAAGUUGUACAAUAACCAGGUUGCAUAAGUGUGCACACCCUUAAACUAAAACUUAGUUUAAGCACCUUUAGAUUUUAUCACAGCAUUCAAUCUUAAUGGGAAUGUGUCAAUCAAUUUCACACUUUUGAAUUUGCAAUAUUUUGCCAUUUCUCCUUUCAAAAGCAUUUUAAAUCUGUCAAAUUGGUUGGGUGUCUCCUGUGCACAGCCCUCUUCAGAUCACCCCAUAGAUUUUGGAUGGGAUUUAGAUCCGGACUCUUGCUGGGUCAUUCCAAAACCUUGAUAUUGAUUUGGUGAAGUAAUUCUUUUGUUGAUUAGAUGUGUGCUUUCUGUCAUUGUCAUGCUGUGAGGUGAAAUUUCUCUUCAUUUUAAGUGUUUUGGCAGAAGCCUUUAGGUUUUGGGCCAAAAUUGAUGGGUAUUUGGAGCUAUUCUUUAUUCCAUACACCCUGAUUAAAACCCCAGUUCCAGCUGAAGAAAAGCAGCCACAAAGUAUGAUGCUGUCAUCUUCAUGCUUUACUCUGGGCAUGGUGUUCAUUUGGUGAUGUGAUGUGGGUUUUAUUGCACCAAAUAUAUAUUUUGGUAUAACGGCCCAAGUUCAACUUUGGUCUCAAUGGACUAUAAUACAUUAUUCCACAUGGAUUGGGAUAUAGAAAUAUUUGUUUUUACAAACUUUAGAUGGACUUGAUAAUAUUUUUGGUUAAAAAAUGCUUAUAGCCCAAACAUGAAGAAUUCAGGAGAUUUUUGUCACAUGUAGGGAGCAAAAAGUACUUGCCAGAUAUUGUUACAAUUCUUUUAAUGUUGCUGUAGGCCUCUCGGCAGCCUUCCUUACCAUUUUUUUCCUGGUUUUCUCAUAAAUUUUAGGUGGAUGCCUGGUCUUAGUAAUGUCAAUGUUGUGCCAUAUUUUCUCCACUUGUGGAUUAUUGUUUUUACAGUAUUCCAUGGUAUAUUCAGUGUCUUGGAAAUGUUUUUAACCCUCUGUUGAUUGAUAUUUUUCAACAAUGGGAUCAUGUACCUGCUGAGUAAGCUCUACACAGACAAUGUCUUUUUCAGUGGGAUGAUACACAAUACUUCAUAUUUAACUUAAGUCUAAAUGUGAUUGGUUGCUUUUGAACACUGCCACAAUCACUAUUGUAAAAGGGUGUGCACACUUAUGCAACCUGGUUAUUGUACAACUUUACUUGCCAUUUUUUCACCACAAAAUUAUUCUUAAUG